AUGGCUGCGCAAAUACCCUACUCUAAGCAAGAAGCUGAGUCUCGCGAUGCGCAGGAUCCUCUACGUUCGUUUCGCGAAGAGUUCAUCAUUCCAUCGCGGAAGGACCUCCAGCGAAAGACGCUGGCCGUUGAGGCAGAAACCGACACCUCAGAACCAAGCAUCUACCUCUGCGGCAACUCCCUAGGCCUCCAACCCCGCAACACCCAAAAGUACAUCGAAUACUACCUCCGGACAUGGGCAACCAAAGGCGUGACCGGACACUUCACCCCCCACAACGACCAAUUACUCCCUCCGUUUGUCGAUGUCGAUGAUGCUGGCUCGAAACUUAUGGCGCCUGUCGUUGGUGCGUUGCAGAGUGAAGUUGCUGUUAUGGGGUCGUUGACGGCGAAUAUCCAUGUAUUGCUGGGGAGCUUUUAUCGGCCGACGGAGGAGAGGUUCAAGAUUAUUAUGGAGGGGAAGGCGUUUCCGAGUGAUCAUUAUGCCAUCGAGUCGCAAAUUCAGCUUCACGGUUUCAAUCCGGACGACGCCAUGGUAUUGAUUGAGCCGGAGAACCGCGAGUUUCCGACUUUGAGCACCGAGAAGAUCAUGCAGGUAAUUGAUGAACAUGCCUCUAGUACGGCUCUGCUGUUCCUUUCCGCGAUUCAAUUCUACACCGGGCAGUAUUUCGAGAUUGAGAAGAUCACGGCCUAUGCUCGUUCGAAAGGUAUACUGGUUGGCUGGGACUGUGCUCACGCAGCUGGUAAUGUUGACUUGCGAUUGCACGAUUGGGAUGUCGAUUUUGCGACGUGGUGCAACUACAAAUACCUCAACAGUGGACCCGGAGGGAUGGGUGCCAUCUUUGUUCAUGAGAAGCAUGGACAGGUGAAUGCGGACAAGGUCGGUACUGAGGAGGAAUUCCGGCCAAGGCUUGCUGGCUGGUGGGGAGAUGAUAAGGGCAGACGUUUUCUCAUGGAGAAUAAAUUCGUGCCGCAACCAGGUGCAGCCGGAUACCAGCUGUCUAACCCAUCCGUCCUCGACAUGAACGCAGUCGUCGCAUCCUUGGAACUCUUCAACCGAACCACAAUGGCCGAUAUCCGUAAAAGAUCAUUGGCACUGACCGGAUACCUGGAACAUCUGCUACUGACCUACCCUAUCGACUCUCUCGCAGAGAGACCUUUUAGCAUCAUCACACCGUUGAAUCCAGCAGAACGCGGUGCUCAGCUGAGUCUACGUCUGAAACCAGGUCUUCUCGACAGCGUGUUGGAGUCGUUGGAGGAACACGCCAUCGUAGUUGAUGAGAGGAAGCCUGAUGUCAUCCGUGUUGCGCCGGCUCCUUUGUACAAUACGUAUGUGGAGGUUUGGGGAUUUUGCCAGGUAUUUUUGAACGCGUGUGUGAAGGCUGCCAAGGCAUAG